UUCUCGCCUCACGCGACUAUCUUUAAACUCUAUCACUACACAUAAAAGAGAUCCCUCAAUACUGACAUGAAUGAAUCACUAAGCCGAAAUAACCUAUAAUUUUUGUUGCGCAAUUUUCUACCGUGUCCUUGAAUAUUUCUGCAAACAGCAAUAUGGAUGGUCGAUGUUUUAUUAUUCUGUGCUGUAGUUUUGCAGUUGUUUUAACCUUUCCCUCAAAUUUUAUGAUCGGGGAAGCGGAAACAUAUAGUCAUUGUAGGAUAACUUCCUUAGGUAUACUACGAGCUACCGUAAAAUUUUUGGAGCGCGUCGGUGCACGAAGUAAAAAUUUUGAUAACGUGGAGCAGGAAGUGAGGGAUUAUUUUGGAACAGAUAAUGAAUCUUACAAAAAGUACUGGACGAUUAUCAAAGCAAUUUGUAAAGUUGAAGGUAUAAUUCAAAGAGACUUUGUCAACGUUUCAUUCUACCACGUAAGCGGCGAGCAGAUUCAGUUAGCCCAUAUUUACAUCAGAAAUUUACGACACGAAAUCAUGCACUUUUCUAAAGCAGCUGUUCCUGACAUCUCAGAAAUAAGAGAAGUAGUCGCAAGAGCUUUGUACACUAUCCAGGAAUUUUACAGCAAUACAAACUGGAUAGAACUUCAUGGAAAUGCUGUUUAUGAAGAUUUUGGGCAAGACAAUGUAACAUUAGUAGAAGCGGCGGGCCUGAAAGAGGAUACAUGUACCAACUGUAAUUAUACAGAAGGGCUUUCAAUGUGUGACAACAACUUAGUUGCUGACAAAUUAACAAGUGGCUACAAGUCAGGACAAGAAGUAACAAAACCUUUCCGACAGGGAUUAAGUGGAAAAUGUAGUCACGGAACACAAGACGACGAAAGCCGAUUUAUGACCGCCACUGGCGGUAUAUACAAGGGGAGAUCUGUUCAAAGGGAGGCUCCACAUAGCAACUUCCACAGCGCAGCCGCAGAGGCAGCUAUUUCCGCUACAAAGUACUUUCUAGUUGCUCCAGAUAAGGGGCUUUUAAGCCUCAUGGGUGAGAAGGUCUUCCGGGAUGUUUUUGGAAUACGAAGCAGAGAGGAAGUGGUAAAGACGUCUUUAACUUUCGUUAUUGAUGUCACGGGCUCCAUGGGUGAUAACAUUAAAGAGGUCAUAAAGGGAACGCAGAAAAUCGUCAGUGAAGCUAGAGACUCUCAAUUUGUGCCAGGAAACUACAUUCUCGUCACAUUUUCUGAUCCUGAAUCGUUGACGACUGGUAGAAAAACAACAGAUCCACAAACCAUGAUAACAUGGCUUCAGAAUCUAAAGGUCAGUGGAGGUGAUGAUUGUCCCGAAUAUGCUUUGACUGGAUUGUUAAAAGGGAUAGAAAUGUCGAAUAAAAAUUCGAAGAUUUAUAUCUAUACUGACGCAGACGCAAAGGACGAAGACCUACAACCUCAGGUGAAUGCAAAAGCGAAAGCAAAAUCUGUAAUACCUACAUUUAUCCUGACUGGACAAUGUUCUUCAAGAAAGAAAAGGGAAAUUCAAGAUAAGUCAUCAGAAAGGUUUCCUAUUGAACAGAUACGAUCUUACCGUAAGAAGAGGUCGAGCUUAAAGGUGUUUCAGGCAAUAGCUGAACAAGCUGGAGGUAAAGUCAUUCAAACAAAAGUGGAGCUACUUGGAGCUAUUGUGGAGAAGGAAAUUAAGGAGACGUUCCCAUCAUCCAAUGUCAUUGUCACAUGGUUUUUGAUUCCUGACAGAUCCGUGUCCAAUGAAAAUUAUAGCAUUCCUAUUGACAACGGCAUCCACACAUUAAAGAUAUUUAUAAAGACUGUUUCUACAGAAUCCGAGGUUUCUCUGUAUUAUCCCAACGGUUCAGAAGUUAUGUUUUCAUCUCAAAAGAUGCAGCAAAACAUUUUAGACAAUAUUUUGACAAUUUCUAUUCGGGAUCCAAUGUAUGGUACAUGGAUACUGAAAAGGAAUUCGAUAAAUGCCUAUGUUGUGAACGUGACUGCUCAGAGCCCAUUGGACUUUUCAACAAGUAUUUUAGAACCUAGCACGGGUGGAAACUCUUUCCAGUUGUCUGGAAAUCCAAUAAAAGGACGCGAUUAUCUGCUUGUUGUUGAUAUUCAAAAUCUUGACUCAAAUUCCUCAUGCAGCAUGGCUUGUCUUCUUGAUAAUAAAGGAAACAUCGUAACAGAGAUUCCAUUGACUAGAAUUGCUAUGACGGGUAUUGCUAGUUUUAUAGGAGACUUUAGACCUUUGACUGAGUCAAGCUACGUACAAAUUAGAGGAACUGAUGAAUUCGGGAACGAAUUUUUGAGAAGUCAAAAAUUUCCAAUUAUACCCGUCUCCAUUCAACUGCGUAUUUUGCCUGUUCUUGGAGAUUUAAGACUGAACGAGGGUAGAAAUAUUUCUUUUACCUUAAUUAACACGGGAAACACGACUGUAAAUUUCAAAAUAACAGUGUUGAAUAAAAAGUCAACUACAAACAUCAGUGUACAAUCAAAAAGUUUAGAUGCUGGUGAAAUUUACAGUGGAGCUGUUUCGAUUACUCCAAGGUCACUAAAUACAAUAUUAUUACAAUUUUCUGUUACUCUGAAAAACUACACGGGCGUCAUUCAAAAAGAGACAAGAAGAUACUUUGUGUCAGAUACACGAAGAGCUCAGUGUACUGUAUCAAAUGCACCGGAAAUAUGUCCCACAGAAUCACUGAACACGGGAAACUGUUCUAUUUAUAACUGGACAGGUUCAGUCAAAGUGUCGUCUGCCACAAUACGACUGUCCGAAAUCAGGAUGUCCAACGAUGAAGUGAUUAUGGAACACUCGAAUCUCUCUGAAGCAAACUUCUCUCUGCCAAUAUCAAUCAGAGGGCAUUGCUGUGUCCAGUCUGUAGUUUUAACCAUUACAGACAAGAACGGCUAUUUUGACCAAUGUCACUUUGUCUUGUCUACACAGCCUUUGUUUCUUGUCCCAAAUAUAACCAGAAAAGAAGAAGAGACAACAAAAAGCGAAAAAGUAGAAAAUGAAAAGGUUCAGACAACAGAUGACUGGAAGAUAGUGGGUAUAGUGAUUGGAUCUACUGUAGCAGGAAUCAUCCUCAUUGUAAUCCUUGUCGCCAUAAUCUACAAAUCAAAGACCGGAACUUUACAUUAACAGUCUUAUCAGUUGGUGCGGAAAACAUAAAUGAAA